UUUAAACACACCCUAGACAUAGAGUUCCAAAACAAAGUUCGCGUCUUUUUCCUCAUUGUUACCCCCCCCCAAUUUCCUUCGCAUACCUAGGGUUAGGGUUUUCAUUGCGAUUUUACAUAUUUUCUAAAUCACUUUCUAUUUAAGUUAGAAGAUUUAAUUUGGAUUCCGUUUCGACUUAUCUCGGAUUUCUCAUCAAUCCGUUGGUUUUAAUUUUUUCCUGUUCCGUCGGGAGUUUCGAUUAUCCCUUUUCCCUUCUUUAUCGAAUUCUGAUCUUUCAGUCGUUAAGUUUCUAAAGAAUGCCUCCUAGAAUGGUGAAGAGAGGAGCUGUGGCCGGUGGUUCAAAGAGAACGCCGAGGAACACUAGAGGCGCAUCUAAAUCCGAGAAUCCACCAGCGGAGCCUGCACAAGAGGCCGUGAAUGCAAAGGAGGCUUCAAUUCCAGUUGAGGAGGUCGUGGAGGCAGUUAAGGUUGAUGAGAAACCAACUCCGGAACAAAAAGAGGUGAUCGAGGAGGGAAACACCGGUUUAAAUUUGAAUUCCAAUGGGUCGGUUUCGAUGAAGAAAGAGAAUGACUCACAGGAGUCUAUGGAGGAGUAUGAAAAAGAUGAGAGGUUAGAAUUGGAUGAUAAUGAACCUGAAUAUGAAGCUGAAGAAUAUGGUGGGGUGGAUUAUGACGAGAAGGAGAUGGAUCCUGAUGAAGUGGAAGAUGAAGUAGAGGAAGUGAUUGAGGAGGAGCAGGAUGGUGAGGACGAAGAUAUUCAUGAAGUUGAAGUAGAAGGUGAUGCUGAUGAUGAUGAGCAUCCUGGGGAGGAAGCAGAGCAUGCAGAUUUGGAUGAUGCAACCGAGCAUGAAGAGCGACAUGAAGUUGUUCAAGAGAGACGCAAGCGUAAAGAGUUUGAAGUGUUUGUUGGGGGCUUAGACAAGGAUGCUACCGAAGAUGAUAUCAGGAAAGUGUUCAACCAAGUGGGUGAAAUUGUUGAAGUUAGGUUGAUGAUGAACCCUCAAACAAAGAAGAACAAGGGCUUUGCUUUCUUGCGAUUUGCAACUAUAGAACAAGCAAAACGUGCAUAUACUGAACUUAGGAAUCCCGUGAUCAAUGGAAAACAGUGUGGUGUUACCCCAAGUCAAGACAGUGACACCCUUUUUCUGGGUAAUAUAUGCAAGACAUGGACAAAGGAAGCAUUGAAAGAGAAGUUGAAACAUUACGGAGUUGACAAUGUUGAGGACUUAACGUUGGUCGAAGACAGCAACAAUGAAGGAAUGAAUCGAGGCUUUGCAUUUUUGGAAUUUGCAUCCCGUUCAGAUGCGAUGGAUGCUUUUAAGUGUCUUCAACGGAGAGAUGUUUUAUUUGGGGUUGAUAGGCCUGCAAAGGUUUCUUUUGCAGAUUCCUUCAUCGAUCCAGGUGAUGAAAUCAUGGCACAGGUUAGGACCAUAUUUAUUGAUUGCCUGCCUCCUUCUUGGGAUGAGGAUCGCGUUAGAGAGCUACUGAAGAAGUAUGGGGAGAUAGAAAAGAUUGAACUUGCCCGGAACAUGCCAUCUGCUGACAGGAAGGAUUAUGGUUUUGUCACAUUUGAUACUCAUGAUGCUGCUGUCACAUGUGCUAAGAGCAUUAAUAAUACCGAGUUGGGCGAAGGUGACAUCAAGGCCAAAGUUAGAGCCAGGUUAUCGAGACCACAUCAAAGAGGCAGAGGUAAGAACGUCAGCCGUGAUAGUUUCAGGUCUGGGCGUGGAUCUGGACGAGUAGUUAGGGGUUCAUGGGUUCGUCCUGAUUCACGUGGUUAUGCUACUCGUGGGAUGAGAGGAAUUAGUAGCCGUGCCCCUCCACCCAGUCUAAAGAGGCCUGUUGGACUAAGAGAUAGACGUCCUCUCAUGUCUGCACCAGCUAGAGGCAGACCUUUAUCACCUCCCCCUUCUAGAUCCUAUGACAGAAGAGCCCCUGUUAUGCCAUAUCCAAAGGGUAGCUUUAAGAGGGAAUAUAGUCAACGUGAUGAGCUUCCUCCUCCAAGGAGCAGAGAAGUUAUGGAUUAUGGAUCUAGGGUUGUCCCUGAUAGACGAUCCACAUAUAGAGAAGAAUAUUCUUCUCGCAACCCUGGUUACUUUGAUUUGCCUAGAACCACAUCUCGUAAUGCAGCGAGAAGACCGUAUGGAGAUGAUGCAUAUGCCCAAAGAUUUGAAAGACCUCCUCCUAGUUAUCGUGAGGGGCGUGGCCGUGAUUAUGACACUAUUUCUGGCUCAAAAAGGCCAUAUCCUGUUAUGGAUGAUGUCCCUCCACGAUAUGCUGAUGAUGGUCCGAGGCAUUCAAGGGCUCGUCUAGACUAUGAACUUGCUGGUGGUGCUCCUCCAUAUGUGGAUGCAUAUGGUGAUAGGCUUGGGAGAUCCAAUCUAGGAUACGGUGGCAGCAGGAAUUCUAUAUCUAGUCAGACCUCACAUGGGCUAUAUGGCAGUCGUCAGGGCAUGGGCUAUGGUGGAGGUUCUUUUAGCAGCAGUGAUGUUGGAGGAAUGUACUCAUCCUCUGGUUAUGGUGGUGAUUACAUACCUAGGGGAUCUGGUGUUGGUGGUAGCUCUUACUCAUCCAUGUACUCCAGUCGUGGUAUGGGUGGUAGCAGUUACAUGGGUGGUGGGGGUGGUUCUGGGUCAUACUACUGAUCGGCUGCUAUUUCUUUUCUCCCUUGUUAUUGUUUGAUGAAGCAUCUCUAUAUGAAGCUGUGCUCUCCAACUUGAGUUAUAUGGAUUUUGGGGGAAAUUUCUGUUUCUCAUUAUGAAGCAUCAUGAAAUGGUUUAUAGUUGUUUUGGCAAGUUGUUGGUAAAUGAAACCCUUGUGGAGGCAGUGCCUUACAAAUUGGGCUUAGAAGAGAAAUGAUUUUGGAAAAGUAGAAUUCUAAUUUGCUCAGAAAUCAAUGAAGCUGUGGGUUUUUAUGUUGGUGAUUUAAAAAAUGCUUUUUUAAGAAAACAUACUGAGCACAACCUUUAGUUGGAGUUGCAAUUUGUUGAAAUCAUUGGCUUUUUACUAAAUUGUACUUGAGAAUAAGUGAGUUGCCUUCCCUCCCCCCAAGUAUUUUAGUGACGUUAUAAGUUAAUAAGAUGCACUUCGAACUUUAUGCUUGAGAAGUGUAAAAAGUAUGGUCUAACAAGAUGUAUAAUGUCAUACCUACGGGGUCUUCAUUAUGUUCAAUGAUAUUUAGUCCAUGGGUGGUUUAUUCUCAGUUCAAUGUGAAUAUUUAAGCAUAACGUCAUGUAAAGUAUUAAUGUAGGAUCAAAAUUGUUAGUUAACAGGCGAAUGGUUGGCCAGAUCUGCCACCGUUACUGAGCUCUUCACAGUUAAAAACUUGAUUGGUAUGCUUGUUCCAUCUCGCUUGGGCUGGUGCUUUAAAAUUAUUAGCAGGACUGCUACUUGUUUAGCAACCCAGCACUUUGACAUGAUGCUGGUUCUUGCUUUUGUAGUUUUUUUAUUCAUGUUAUUUUGGUCUCAAAUAAACUUGCGGGAUAGUGCAACAACAAGGCAACCAUGAUGCUGUAUAUACUAUAUUGCCUGUGGUGUUUUUUCUGGCUUGCUCUUUUUCCCCCUUUGGAAAUUUAGUUACUUUGGCAAAUAUAUGGAUUUAUUGGUUGUAUCUGUGCUUGUUUCCGAGUUUGGGGGUCCAAAUCUUAUGUGCUCUGGGACUGGCCUGCGAAAAGGAGAGGAUCACAAGUUACUAAUUCAGUAAUAAAAUUAGGGGUGAGAGCGUAACUGCAUGCCUUCAUGAACAGACUAGGCAUAAGGAAGAGAAGGCAAUAUCUGUUUUUGAUGAAUGGCACAACUUCUAUGGUAGGCAUUGGCUCGUGGGUCUUUGCUGAUAACAUUAGUGCACAACUCUGUUCCCAAACAUUUUCUUCCUUAUUAUUUAUCCUGACUUUUUUUUGCCCUUAUAUCAAGUGCUCUUUUGCCCCAUUCUUCAUUA